CGGGCAGACUCCUCCCACGGCCCGCCCCCCAGAUUCCCGAGACACCCUGGAGUGUGCGCUCUGCCCGGUGACCUCGGUUUCCCGGCCGCGCUGGGCCGGACAUGCUGCCCGACUGCCUGUCGGCGGAGGGCGAGCGGCGCUGCCGGCGGUUGCUGGCGGGGGCCACGGCCCGGCUCCGCGCGCGACCUGCGGCGGCCGCGGUUCUCGUGCCGCUGUGCUCGGUGCGUGGGGUCCCGGCGCUGCUCUACACGCUGCGGUCCAGCCGCCUGCCCGGGAGGCACAAGGGUGACGUCAGUUUCCCAGGAGGCAAGUGUGACCCCACUGACCGCGACGUGGUGCACACGGCCCUGAGGGAGACCCGCGAGGAGGUGGGCCUGGUUGUGCCUGAGGAGCACGUGUGGGGAGUCCUGAGGCCCGUGCACGACCAGCGAAAGACCACUGUGGUGCCGGUGCUGGCCGGCGUGGGCCCACUGGAUCCCCAGAGCCUCAGGCCCAACCCCGAUGAGGUGGAUGAAGUGUUUGCACUGCCCCUGGCCCAUCUGCUACAGGAACAGAACCAGGGCUAUACCCACUUCUGCCAUGGUGGCCACUUCCGCUACACACUGCCUGUCUUCCUACACGGGCCACACCGGAUCUGGGGGCUCACGGCCGUCAUCACUGAGUUCACCCUGCAGCUGCUGGCACCUGGCGUCUACCAGCCCUGCCUGGCCAGCCCUGAGCUGCCCAGGGGCUGAU